CUUCCCGCCAGCUGGAGAACCUGUCCAACUUCAUCAAGGCCAUGGUCAGCUACGGCAUGAACCCCGUCGACCUGUUUGAAGCCAACGACUUCUUCGAGACCGGCAACCUGACGCAGGUGCAGGUGUCCCUGCUGGCUCUGGCUGGCAUGGCCAAGACCAAGGGGAUCCAGAGCGGCGUGGACAUCGGGGUGAAGUACUCGGAGAAGCAGGAGCGGAACUUCGACGAUGUGAAAAUGAAGGCCGGGCAGUGCGUCAUUGGGCUCCAGAUGGGCACCAACAAGUGUGCCAGCCAGUCUGGCAUGACGGCCUACGGCACCCGGAGACACCUCUACGACCCCAAAAACCAGAUCCUGGCCCCCAUGGACCAUUCCACCAUCAGCCUGCAGAUGGGCACCAACAAGUGUGCGAGCCAGGUGGGCAUGACGGCUCCGGGCACGCGGCGGCACAUCUACGACACCAAAAUGGGCACCGAGAAGUGCGACAACACCUCCAUGUCCCUCCAGAUGGGCUCCAACCAGGGAGCCAACCAGAGCGGGCAGAUCUUCGGGCUGGGCCGGCAGAUCUACGACCCCAAGUACUGUCCGCAGGGCAACGCUGGCGACGCGGCCAACGCGGUGUUCGACCCGAGCACGGACCUGCCCCCCUACCACUACUACCAGGAAGAGGAGGGCUACUGAGCCUGGCCCCGAGGCCGGCUUGUGUACAGAUCCCUGUGGCCGGCGGCGCUCCACUACCUAUAGCCUCUCUGUAACUUUCCUAAAUGAAUCUUUCUGAGCAAAGACCAAAUCCCGGGACCCUGGAGGGGAUAGUUGGUGGCUUCUUAAAACCCUGGGGCCUCUCUUAUCUUUUGGGGAGCAGCCUGUCGCUUGCGGGAGGCGAGCAAGGCUGCUAGGAGUCUCCAGAGAAGUGGUCCCUCCAGGAAAACCCGGGGGGGGGCUACAUGUGCUGGGGAGGGCAGAGUGGAGCACUCGCAUGCAGACAAGAUGCAGCCGUUGAGCCCUGCAGCCCUCGGUGUGGCGAGCGCGCGGCUUGUUCUUCGAACUCGGAGAGUCCUGUGGGAUGCUGCAGCUCUAGGGCCACACACGCCACCUGCCCUCCCAACCCGCCCCGCUCCUGCUGGCGAGGUCACAUCCCCAAGGGACCAGAGGCGGCAUCUGCCCCUUGGCUCCAUUCGGGCCUUUGCCGCCAGCUCUUCCUGCUUCUGCGGCUCUUGCGCCGAGGGCCAGGGCUUAUUUUUGUGCCUUUUUUUGGUGAUGCCAAAAGUGAAGCUCGCGCUCCGCUAACUCAAGCGAGGCGAGGCCAGUGCCUUGGAGACGUGAAUCUAAAAUACCCUCCUGUUGCAGCUCUUCUCUCCCUCCUUCCCUUUGCCCCCCUCCCGUCGGAGGAGAGGGGAGGAAGGGUCUGAUGGUGCAGAUGCAGCAGCCUGCCUAGGCAGUACGAGCUGCCGGGUGCUUGCGGGCUUGGCCACCCGCACAAACGCAUCUCAUGUAUGAUGCUUGGCUCCCCCUUACUUGUUGUUUUUAAAUGUAAACCACCAGGAAACUUUUUUUUAAUUGUGUUUGUGGCUUCC